AUGCCUGUCAACUCCACAGAUAUGUCGAUGCUUUGUCCAGAUUGUAAUUUAACAUGGUCUGAUUUACAUUACGCGCAAUGAAUGUCACAUGGGGUGCGCUGAUGGUUUUGAGUCUGGUGUGCCACACUGAGUCGAGGUGCUCACCGACCUCGUAUUAUAAGAACUGCUGGAUUCGACGCUUCCCUGGGAUUUUCAUCGAUAUCGAGGAGUCCCAGCGGAGAGGAGCGCAGCUCCUUAAGUAUUACCAGGAGGAGACGGCGCUGAAAUGCAGCCGCACCUGUUGCCUCACGCGAAAUUUUUCCUGUAAUCUGGCCAUAUUUCACUAUGAUGCCACUCAAGAAAACGUGAACUGCUUCCACCUGCACUGUCCAACACUGGAGAGCUGUAUUCUCAGCCACAGAGGCAACGUUGUUUUGUACAACAUCACGAAGGGCGCGGAUCCUGACCUGCUGGUGUUUGGAAAAUACUUCACCUCCAAUGUACGCGUGUUACCCCACCACUACAGUCGAGGCAACGCCUCAGAGCCGCUGCCCUCAGACAAACGCCAGUUCAUUCAUCCACCUCCGCCCGCUGCACUGCCUCUGACUUUAGCACCCACAGUUAAACCCCCCACCACAGCGAGCAGAGUGCUCACCACAUCCACCCAUGCCACCAGGUCCACCACGCUGCAGAGCACCAGUCAGCCUUCAGCAGUUCCCACAACUACAACUGCCUUAUCCUCCACUCCAAAGACUCCACUAGCUUCAGGGAACAAUGCACAAACAACAACCCUGACCACCUCCACUUCUCUUGCACCCAGCUUUACUACGCCUCCUUCAUCCACCACAGCAACCACCCUCAGCCCUUACAAUCCCAAGACCACUCCUGCCUUUCCUAGCCCAACUGCACGGCCCCCCACUUCCCCUACCCAGCAUCACACCACCACCUUCUCUCAGCUGGCCACCAGCCCUCUAACUUCCACGACCCUUAUGGGCAGUAUAGAGAGCACCAAGCAAUACCCCAAUGACACCAAGGGCAGUUUGGAGAGUAACCACACUGGAAGCAGUGAGGAAGGACAGGGUGUCAGCGGAGAGGACACCUUCGGGGGUUUGGGACCCGGGUGGCAUGUAGCAGCUCACACCUUGCUGGUUGCAGUUGCCAUCUGUAUCACAGUGCUGCUGAGCUGCUGUUGCUCCAUUCUGCUGGUCGUGAGCUGGAGGGGCCAGAGGAAGAGGAUGGGACACUACCGAACAUCAUGGAGAGGGAAAAGAGGCUCCAUGCGUCUGAUAAAGUAUGUGCUGGUCAGAGAAAACUCCUGAAAGUAGGGCCAAGACAAAAAAAAGAUGGAACCCUCUUUUUUCUUUUGUUUACAGCAAUAUUUUUAAUAAAGGAAUCCAGGAUGAAAUGACAUUUGACAAAUUAGAAUUUGUACCGACUUAUUUUUGUAAAAUAAGUUUCACAUAAUGGAUUAUUUUAAUAGCAGACUUUGCUUUAUUUUAAGCAGAUAGGGAUGAUAAUUGAGUUACUGUCAACUGAUGCAUUGAGGUUACAAUUCUGCAUAUUUAAACUGAACAGGCAGAGGUAUUGUGUGGAUUAGAUGAGAUUACCAAAUACGUAGUUGCCAUGAUUUUGGUUUCAGUUGUGACGCAGUGACUUUCGACAGAAGAUCCUAACUCAGCCAAUGGAUUUGACCGCAGCAAUUUGCCUCAAGAAAGACGAUAUGAUGUCCAUUUGGCUGAACUACAUUUUGAUUUACUUCAACGAGUUUAAAUUGAUGUUGAUGCCAAACCUCAAGAACUUUGGCCAGUUGUGUUCGCUGGUCUUAAGUGGGCUUUAAACAAGAAGAAAAAAAGACUUCAAAGGGUUGUUCAGCUCGCCAACAAUGUGCAAUGAUAGACCAUUUUUUACUGUGUGGCCUUCAGUGUUUAACCCUCCUUCAGUCCAGCACAUCUCCUUUGUGCAUUGAGUUUCUUCUGACCUAAAAGUGCACGGACCACAGACCAAAACUCCUUAAGAAGGUUGAGGUACUUUUCAACAACCUGCUGCUGAAAGCAUCCUUUCACUAGG